AUGAGUUUUUGUUUGCGUAUUCUAACCUGCUAUUUCCUGCUUUGUGCAUUUUCUUUUCCCAGCCCUUCGGAGGAGAAUGGGGAUAGAAAGGGGCUCUUGAGGGCCUACAUCCAGCGCCUGAGAGGUGAGCAGCGCGCCCUGAAGCUACCUCCGUACCACCCAAAGGUCCGUGCUGGGAUCGAGGCCGGAGAGGCAGAAGAGGCACGGAAAACUCUGCAAGAGGCCCUCCCUUCCGGAAAUGCAUCCUACAUAAUGGAGAAGGCACAUUUGCUGGAGGAGCUGCAGGCAGCCAGGGGGGCCUUGGCGGAGCUAAAGGGCAGGCUGCACAUGGCAGAGAAGGAGAAGCAGCGGCUGGGGCUCCAGACCUACACCCUCCGUUCCCAGGAGGCUGCCUUCCAGCUGAUGGUGCAGAUCAUCCAGGAGGAACGGGAUGAGCUCCAAGGAAAACAACAGCAGCAGGCCCUCUCCUCUGGAGAAAGCAGUCCCACCAGCAGCAGUGACUCAGAGAAAGGCGAACCCAUGGCCUUUUCCAAAGCCAGGUUAGUAGAGAUUGAGAAUGACCUCCCGGUUACUUUGCCUCCGGUUACUGACUUCCAAAUUAACUUGUCCGGAGAAAUGGAAAAAUCCGUGCGUCUCCGAACGCCGGGCCUCGUGGGGAACUGCUCUUUGGCAGCCUGCCCUGCAAUCCCAUUAGAAGGGCUUGAUUACACCGUGCGCCUUUAUUCACCCCGCAACCAGCCCAAGUACAGUGGGGUCCCCUCUGUUCCCAAAUCCGUCGGCACGAAGCCGAUUUCCGAGACGUCCUGCUGCGUCUCAAUUACUCUGUCCUUUUUGAAGGUCCUGCUCUGA